AUGUCCUGUAACGGGGUCCUCCCGGAGAACCGCCUGCGCUGCCCGCUCUGCUCGCUCGUCUUCACCGACCCCGUCACCACGCCCUGCGGCCACAACUUCUGCCACAGCUGCCUGGAGGCGGCCUGGAGCCAGAGCGACUGCCAGUGCCCCACCUGCCAGAGGAGCUUCUCCCCGCGGCCGGAGAUGGUGGUGAACGUGGCCUUCAAAGAGCUGGCUGACACCUUCAGGAGCGUCGUGGUCCCGCAGGCCACGCUCACUCAGGCCACGCCCCCUCAGGACGGAGCGGGUCCCGGGGAGGUGCCCUGUGCCGUGUGUCUGGCGGGCGGCCUGCAGGUGGCGGCGUCGCGCUCCUGCUUGGUGUGUCUGACUUCUUACUGCGCGCUGCACCUAGAGCCGCACCAGCAGGUGGCGGCGCUGCGCCUGCACAAGCUCAUGGCGCCUGUGGCCGACCUGCGCACGCGGCUCUGCGCCAAACACGAGCAGCUGCUCGAGCUGUUCUGCAGAGAAGAACGGGAACCGGUCUGCAGGUUCUGCAUCGAGACCGAGCACAAGGAACACACUGCAGUCAGCGUGGAGCAGGAGAGCGAGGACCGGAAGGCUGAAAUCACAAACAUUGAAGCUCAAUUCAAAAACCUGAUCGAGCAGCGACUGGAGAAAGAGCAAGAAAUCUCUAACUCUCUCCAGAAACGAAAGAAGAGCGCCGAGAAGGAGCUGGGCCACAGUGAGGAGCUGUUCUCCUCCCUGAUGGAGCUGCUGAAGGAGCAUCAGCAGGAGGUGACUGAUGCUGUGGUCGCGGACAGCGAGAAGGCCGAGGCUCGAGCCGAAGACCUGAGCCGGACCCUUCAGGAGGAGGUCCAGGAGCUGAGGACCAGGACCCGAGAGCUGGAGGAGCUGCGGCAGUCUGAGGACCAUCUGCACGUGAUCCAGCGGUUGCCGUUGGUCUCGUCUUCUCCGGUCUCCAGAGACUGGUCUGAGCUGAGUCUGGCCUCGAGGCCCUGUGUGGGGACCCUGACCUCGGCUCUGUGCAAACUGCAGGACACUGUGGACAAACACGUGGACUCUCUGAAGAGCCAGGAAAUGAAGACGGUGCAGAAAUACGCAGUGGAUGUGGUCCUGGACCCCCACACGGCCCACCCCAACAUCGUCCUCUCCCCCGAUGGGAAGCAGGCGGGACGGGGGGAGCUGCUGCACGUGGUCCCGGACAACCCCCAGCGCUUCGACCCCGUCAUCUGCGUCCUCGCCACCAGGGGGUUCAGCUCCGGACGCUUCUACUUCCAGGUGUUUGUGGGCUCCAAGACCUUCUGGGACCUGGGCGUGGUGCUGGAGUCGGUGAACCGUAAAGGCAUGAUCACGUCCAAACCAGAAAACGGCUUCUGGACGGUGCGGCUGCGCGACGGCGACGAGUACCGCGCUCUGGACUCGCCCUCGGUGCUGCUAAAGCCGCGGGCGCCGCCCAAGACGGUGGGCGUGUACGUGGACUACGAGCACGGCGCCGUGCGCUUCUACGACGUGGACGCCAAAGUCCUGAUCUACGCCUUCAGCGGCUGCAGCUUCUCCCAGCGCCUCUUCCCCUUCUUCAGCCCCGGAGUCUGCGACGGAGGAAAGAACGUGGCUCCUCUAAUCCUGAUGCCGGUGAAGCCCGAGAGAGCGGCGUAG